UUAUAGGGCUUAUUCACGUGACGUCAUCACCCCUUCCCUCCGUGCGCCUCCAUCUUGGUGUACCACCAGUCCCGGUGAAGAUUCUCGGUGUCCGAAGGUCUCUAACUCCGAGGAAAGUGAAGUCGUUUGCACGCUGUUUGACUAUGCAAAGAGCUCCCUACCUCAAGUCAUAUUUUCGCUACAAAAAUCGGAUAGAAAUUAUCCAUAUUUCAUCAAUGAGGGAAAGUUUUCGGAGAUCCAGUCUACUUUACGGACACGGCAACAGUGACGGGGUGACAGCGGAGUCCAUCGAUCUUGUCUUUGUUAUUUUGUUCUGUGAAAGACUUUCUGCACACUCAGUUAAAAACGUACCAGACUUACAACAACUUGAUGAAAAAUCCUUGCGACAACGUAGUAUCUGGACAAAUACUGGAGUGUAGGAUGAGAUUUAGUUGAUAGAAGUAACGUUACGUAGUGAUCAGGAAAGUUCGACAUUCAGAAGUUGGACGACCACAGGAUAGUAUCCUGUGCCGCGGUUUUUGUUCACACACAGUCAGCAUCUUGUACUCUUUGUUUUUUUCAUGGAAAUUCAUCAAAGAACUAGGGGACAUGCUCCUGCUGUCAUUUAUGGACUCCGCUGUUUGUUUUCGGAAUUUCCCUUCGUAUUUUCAUUCCCGCACGGCUUUCCUAGAGAAUCGCGAAGCAAAUCUUACUGUUACCCAAUCUGUGUGCGCUUUACCAGUGCAGAACCAACAUCCCACGUCAAGACAAAGCACUGUGAUUGUGAAACUAAACGUUUUGAACGGAAAUGGUGCAUUGCUUGGGAAAUAUUUACAAUUUCUACGGCGAGUUGCAUAGGGCCCCACUGUAGGCGGGCUGACUGUGGUACACCAAAAUGGCCGACUUCGCUCGUUGCCAGGGGGAGGAUCACGUGACUGAAUAAGCCCUAUACGGCUCCACCACCGUUCAGGUCUCCAGGAUGACGUCCUACACCAUGACGGGAGACACCCGCGAGGGCCGCCCCGUGUACUACAGCAACGCCACCUGCGACUUCCUGUAUUACAGGGGUGACAGCUUUCUGGGGUGGUGUGUGGGGCCGGAUUUUGGGCGCCGGGGUGUCUACGUCAAGGACUCCCACCUCUACGCCGACGAGAUCAACGGGGCCUUCUUUCUGAUGAACAAUGGACAGUGGAUAGAGAACACGGAUGUGAAGAUCGCCUGUUAUGAUGACGUUCCAGCUGAUGCUGUAAUUCCACAACCGGUAAGCAGCACUAUAGAAUGUACGAGGGUCAGUCUGCAUGGUGACGCCACCUACCAACCUUCCCGUAUGACAACCUACACCAGGACAAGCCAGACCAGCGGCGGCAGGCCUGUCUACGUUAGCGACAGGGACAGCCGAGCCUUUCUCUUCUUCGUCGCAGAUAGAUACAAUCAGUGGUUGGUCGGGAGCACGAUCGGGCAAGCCAAUGGCGGCGUUUACGUCAGCGAUUGUGCCAUGACACCGGACCAGACUAGGCCAGUGUGGGAGCUGUGGGACGGGAGCCAAUGGCGGUUCGUCCCGUCGGUCCAUGCAACCUGCGUCGCGUUUCCAUCUCAACAAACUACUGAGAUACCAACGACGCCGAGACAUGCAACAACUCCAACCAACACUACGGUACGUUCACAGAACACAGCCACAAAGAUGUCGUUUUCUACCCAGCCGACACAACGAUCAACUCAUCCAGGAACUACGGUUUCGCAGGACGCCACACGUGCACAGACCACAUCCACACAGAUGCCUUCUUCUGUCCAGCCGACACAACGGUCAAUUCAUCCAGGAACUACGGUUUCUCAGCACGCCAAACGUACACAGACCACAUCCACGCCGAUGUCGUCUUCUACCCAGCCGACACGACGGUCAACUCAUCCAGGAACUACGGUUUCUCACAACGCCACUAUCCGGACAACAGCACUAUCAGCUCCUAAGAAGUGGCGUGAUGACUGGCGUUGCGGGCAGGGCUACCCUGCUGAAGACGGUAACCCUGCUGAAUGCGACCAUGGCGGGAUAUACCCAUGCUGCUCCCCGGGAAACUGGUGCGGCAACACUGCAGACCACUGUGACUGUGCGGACUGUGUCGACUACAGAAACACUGGCUGUGAAAUAUCGGGCUACGCUAGUUUCAAGGGAGUCUGCUACAAGGACUUCCCUGAACGGAUGACGUACGCCCAGGCCAGACAGAGGUGUGCCGCGGACGGGGCGAUGUUAGCCAUGCCGAAAAACAGAGAGAUCAACGCUUUUAUCGACGGUGUGAGUAGGGAGAUGUGGUCGACACGCUGGAUCGGCUUAACUGACGCCGACAGAGAAGGGCGAUGGGUAUUUGAGGACGGUAUAAGUUUAGCGUCAACAGGUUAUUCCAACUGGUUCUACGGUGAACCCGACAAUUUUGGCAACAGAGAAGAAGAUUGUGCCCAGAAACAACGCUCUUGGUUCCGGGCUGUAGUUGCAUGGGCUGAUGUUGCGUGUGGUGAGACCUCGGGGUUCGUCUGUCAGAUAGCAGAUACGACAGUGCCGCCCACCACCACCAUGCAGCCGCCAGCCACAAACGCCCUGACGUCUGAAACUUCAACUGCACAGGUCUCUGGAAAUCAGGGAGGUACGCAGGGGAUUUCCUGUGGACAGACCACUUUACUGGCCGGAUCCGGAUAUGUGACGUCACCUAACUAUCCGGACCUCUACCCCGACAACAUCGACUGUACCUACCACAUCGCCGCUACUCCCGGGAAGAUAGUCCUGAUCCGAUUCAUUGACGAGUUCGAGUUUGAGAGCGUGGACGAUGCGUGCAUCACGGUGGUGCUGGACGGCAGCGAGACCCUCGGGACGUACUGUAGCAGUCGGGAGCCUCCAAGCGCCAUCACUGGUACCACUGUGGAUGUCAGGCUCAGAACCGACUUCUCCAUCAGUCGCAGGGGCUUUCGGCUGCGCUAUGACGCUGUCGAGCCAGACUCGGCGUUGGACCUUCCAGAGACGCUUUCGACCUGCGAGGCCAUGAGUACGGUCACUGUGUCCGGCGUCAAGGGGACCCUGACGUCACCCAUGUUCCCUGACAACUACCUUGACGACCUCUCCUGCUCCUGGACCUUUCUAGCGCCGCAAGACAAGUUCGUGGAGGUCCGUUUCCUGACCUUGAACGUGGAGGACUUUCCCAAUUGCAGAUACGACCAGGUGUUCGUGCUCAUCGAGGGUGUAGAGACCAGCGACGGGCCUUAUUGCACUUUCAACCCGCCCUCCGGGGCGUUCUACGGCAAGAGAGUCACCGUCAAGUUCAUCACCGACAGCAGCGUGGCGGAACAGGGGUUCGAGAUGACGUACCAGAGCGUUGAAGGAGUCGCCUCGGGCACAUGCACCAACAAAGACUUGGUGAUCUGUGGUGAUAAACGCUGCAUCCCCUCCCUCUGGAGAUGUGACGAUGUCAGGGACUGCGACGACGGGGCUGACGAGAGGGACUGUCCGUUUCAACCUCACCAAACUACUGCAACAUCUGCAACCAACACCACGGUACGUUCACAGACCACAGCAACACAGAUGUCGUCUUCUACCCAGCCGACACAGCGGCCAACUGAUCCAGGACCUACUGCUUCUCACAACACCACCAACCAGACGACAAGCCUAGAAGAAGGGAAGACUACCAAAUCUCCCGGUAUGUGGUACAGCAAGCUGUUCAGCCUAGCACGGGUUCACCUGUGCUGUACUGCAGGCAUCAUCGGCAUGGGCAGCAUGUGGCUGUGUUACUAUGGUUACAGACGCAAAUACCAACAUGGACGAAAAGUGGCUCCGCUAGAGUGAGAUGAAGAAGAACCACGAGGCAAAUGUGACAGAACGAGCUCGAGCAAAAUAUCUUCAAAGACGAGCUAGCAUGUUGAAUUGUGUAGACAGUUAUUACUAUUAGAUGAUGUCCAACAUCAGUUUGAUGGGCUGGUCGUCCUUUUACAUGGCAGAUAUUUAGUAGUCAUGGGGGGCUGCCGCUUCUAGGAAAAAGGUUUUUGUGUCAAAGUUUGCUGAGCUCCAUUGUAGGUUAUCACAUAUGUCUGACAUCGUGUUAUACUAGGCUGAAUAUAAAGAUAUAGACACUUUUUAGAGCUUGGUCUUUUAUCCCACGAUCGAUGAUUGUACGAGGAUUAGAUGGUAAAAGCUGUUUAUCUUGUUUUGAGUGAAAAGUAGUGAAUAUCGUUAAGUGUGUUGCCAUUUCCCAAUGCUUAAAGCUAAGUGCAUUAGUACUUAUGGGUUUUACACCUUUAACAGGCCGAUGUGACGUCGAUCGUUUGAUCUAAUAUAUGUACUCGUGUGUACAACAACAAUGGAUAAAUUCACGGGAUAUUAUCUAUCUAGUUUCAGCAUCACUUUACAAUAAACUCUGUUAUGCACA